AUGGCGGCAGAGAGGGGAUCGACCUCGUCAGUUGUCAAACUAAAUCUAAGUGCGAUUAAAAAGAGCGAUCAAUAUGUGGUAAAUAUUAUAGAUAAUGCUUCACAAGUGGCACUCUAUAAAUUUAACGGAACGACACAGGCGUGGGUAAGUACAGCUCAGCUCAUUUUUCUACACGUGUGAUCAUAAACUGCUUUCGUUUACAUUUGUGCGACCGUCAGUCGUUUUUGGUGUUAUCAGUGUGGAUCUAUUUCCUUACGAAGUCGUAGAAGAGAUCAAGAUGCUUGGUAUUGCUCUAUCAUUUCAAAAAUAUGUCCAAUAGUUUUAAAUCACCUGCAGAUAAGUCUUUUUAAUUUAAUUGAAAUCUAUAUAUCAGCUGUAUUAAAUAAUGACAUCUUUCGGUUACGUGACUGUACAGGUCAUGAGUAUAAAAAUUUAUCACAUAGAUGCGCUUGCAUGAUGCACUAUAAAGCUAAAUCGGUGAAGAAACAAUAAUGAAUGCGUAAUUGAGGGAAUUGACAUAAAAAAAUGAGGGCGUUAGAUACUAAAACAGUGCCAACAGACCAAUUUACAGUUAAGAAUGGAAACGUGGCUGGAGUUGAUUGAUACAACCCUUCCUGCUUUCUUAUGUAAAUCUUAUCGUUCUUAUCCCAACUAGUAUUUUUCAAGCAUAAUUUCCAUAAGAAAACAAAGGGGGUUUGUAUCAAAACGUUGUCAACCCCAGCCUCGCAUUCACUCGAAGGCUAGCGUACUAAGCAUUCAACUGUAAAAUGGUCUAUUCGUUCACGUUUCAUGUAAACUAUGGCCUUUCAUUUGGCAGCUGAUGGAACAGGGGGUUGUGGGGAGGGGGAAGGAUGAGAAUAAGAUUCUUUGGAGUUGGGGGGGGUUGGAUGGUUUACGAGGAAACGUUUACCCCCAGGUAAUGUCCCCCAACCAAAAAUUUUAACAACAAAUUACAAUGUGUUCAUAAUCACACUAUUUCUGUAAUCAGGUGGUCCUCAGGAAAACAAAUUAUGAAGCAACUUCAGAUCACCCUGCCACUUGUUGGGACACUUUAAAGCAUAAAACAAUAGGUACUUUUGUUAUUCAAUGAGAUGCAAAUAAGUGGCAGGGUAUGGUGAAGUUCAAAUUAAUAUAAGAAGAAAACUAAUAAUUGUCAGAAUGGAGAUGUGUAGGGAAACAUUGACUUGUGGCUGUUGUAGCGAGAUGACUCAUAUGGAUAGGUGGCUGUUAGUGGAGUUUUGACUGUAUUUAGACCUCCUACAAUUCUCCUCAUACAGGGGCACCCAACGGCAAUUUUUGGGAAAAUAUCUGUUCGGAAGACGAUUUGAGAUCUAGAAUUUUCGGAGCAUUUGUUGUAAAAUUUCUUGCUUGCCUGCCUCUCCUAGGAUUUUCGAACAUCUACAAAAUGGUGUAAUUACUCAUUUUUAAGAGAUUUUUGCCCUAAAAAAGGCCACCUAGAAUUUUCGGGAGCCUUUUCCUGGCUGAAAUUUUCGAGAAGGUAAGUUUUUAUCCCUAUAGUUUUCGGAUCACUAGAUUUUCAGCUAGGAAAUCCGAACAGAUGAAAAGUUUUUAGGGGAUAAAAAUAUGCCUAUAUCUACCGUUUGAGUACUAAACAAUGCUAUGUUAAGUGGUUUUGAACUAUAUCCUCGUUGGGUGCCCCUGCUCAUAUACAACCACCCCAGUUGAUAAGAGCCGUUGUGUCUUAAUAAACUUUUUAAGUGCUUUUAACCAUGCUGAAAGAGGAGAAGAGCAUUACUUGUAAGUUUAGAAACUUGUUGUAUAUUUAUUAAGGGUUUUGUUUAUUGUUUGUCUGACGAUUGUCGCCAAGAUAUUGAUCGCGACGUUACACACCAUUCGAAUGAUGAACAAUAUCUUUCAUGACAUUGUUGUUUAUUUGUAUUGAUUUUUAUUGUAGGAGAAAACAGAUGUGGAAGGAGCCCUAUUUGUUUAUAGCAGGUAAGUCAGUAAACUAUUACAGUAGAGUUCUGGUAAUCUGAAUCUUUGGAGGAGAGUUACAGUUUUGUAUGACUAUUAUAUAAAAUUACCAGUAGUGUUAAUAACAAAUAUAUGAGUCAUAUUAGCCUGGGAGCAAGCUGUCCGGGGCGCUCUGGCGGUGGGGAGGGAAAAGGAAGGAGAGCUUGCAACUUGGUCUCUGGAAUUUGAAUUCCACCUCCAAUUCUCCUGUGGCUCCCCGUCAACUGAGCUGUCAGAUUUCUGCCAAUCGGCAUGAAGCAGAAAACAAACAUGCGCGAAUGUAAACAAACAUUGAAAAACAUGUGCCAAGGGUGAUGAUGUCAUUUCUAAUGUCAUCUCAGGCAAUCAGCAUUUUGCCUCCACUUUUUGAUGCAGAUAUUCAAAUUCCAGAUGUUUGAUGUGAUAAAAAUUUUUAAUGUGAUAAAUUAUUAAUCUUGUGGUUUGUAAUCCAUUUUUUAGAUCCACUCCUCCUUCCAGUGCCUUCUUCAUAAUGAACAGACUAAAUAUGAACAAUAUGACGGAACCAAUAACAAACAAUAUGGAGUUUAAACUUCAGGAUCCAUUUUUGUUAUAUAGAAACCUCACAAGUAAGUAUCCUCAGAAUUUUAGACAAGUUUUACCAAACUUUCGCUGAUCUGUGCAGGGUGUUCAUUGGGCAUCAGAGAUCGGAGAAUUCUCUGUUUGUUAAUAUGUGACAUCCUAUGAAUAUUUUUAAUUUAGACAUGGAGCCUCUUUUACAAUAUUCUACUGUAAUGUUACACCUUUCCCCAGCUCCUAUAAUUUAUUCUUCAUGAAAAGAGUGAGGCCAUUACAGGGAAAUCUCAGUCUGAGGCCUUGAUUUAUUGACUGAGUGAUAGCGAGGUCAAUACAUCAAGGCCUCGGUCUGAGAUUUCCCUGUCAUGACUGAACAUUAAUAAGUUAUUUAUUAUAUGGCCUUUUCAUUAUGGACCUGAGCCUGCAAUCAAUUAAAACCAACAAGUGGUCAGCGGAUAACUUUAAAAAAACAUGUCACCUCAAUGAAUUGUACACUUGAGCCUGUGAUACAGGCAGGUGACACUGGUCAGCAGGUACCCUUUUUGACAGCUGUCAAUAAUUGACAGCUGUCAAUUAUUGACCAUAACAUGGCAGUCCAUAAGUAAACACAGUUUGUAUAUGCUUUGGACACAGCUAGUGAUGCCUGGUCAUUAUUAGAAAACAGUCAAUCCAAGGGCACGUACUAUUGUAGCCAUAUAAUAAAGUGCCAUAUCCUUAGCCCAAAUUGGCAUUAUUAUUUCUUUGAUUUUAGAGGAGAUAUAUGGCAUCUGGUUUUAUGAUAGCGAUGAAUGUAAAAGACUGGCCAUGCUGUUGACAAAGUAAGUCACAUGUACAUAACUUAUUGAAUCAACCCCAAGUAAUUUUUUUUAAAAUUGUUGUCCACUUCUUUCCUACCUAUCAUUACCCAAAGACAAUUUGUAACAGUUUUAGUGUACUUAUAGAGUAAUUCGAGAGCUUAAGUAACCACUAUGAUGAUAGCGGUGUAAAAGUCAGUGAAAAAUGUAUUUGAGUUGUUUCAAACUUAUUGACUUUAGCCUUUCCCAACUUGUCAAAUGAGGCAAGUUUUCCAGGAGUUAAACACACCCAAGUUCUAAAUGUGAAAAUAGCAUUUGUUUUGUGUUGUAUAUCCUCCAUGGGAGUUUCAUUUCUUAGUUGUGCAUUGGUCGUGUAGUUGUCCUCAUGGUUGCCUAAGUUCUCUAUUUUUAACAGGACCAGGCAAUUCUACAAAGAAUGUUACAGUUUCAUAAAGCACUAAAUCUUGCAUGUCCAUUUUGUUUGCAGGCUUUCUUCGGAGACAGCACCAACAACCAAGCCAGUGAGUAAUCCUCCCCCACCUGUGCAAAGUCCUCAGGUAAUUUUCUUUCUUUAUCCCUUUCUUUUUUCCCCUUUUUUGAGGUCUUUAGAUGACAUUUUCAUGCAGCCUUAUUUAGCUACUUAACGUUUCCUUUUCAUAGAAGGAUAAAAAGGAGAGUUCAACAGAGGAAAAAGUUGAUAUCAUGCAGCUUUUUGCUAAAGCACAAGAAAGAUACAUUAAUGAGGUACUGUAACACUAUUAAUAUUAUUAUAGGAUCUGAAUGUUUACUCCUUUGCUUUGUAAACAGCAAAUGAUUUUAGACUCAAGUAAUGCACAUCAUUCAUAAGCUGUAGCUGUGAUAUAUUUUGUAUCUUUUAUUGUUAACUGUAAUGGUAUAACAUUAGUAUUUGUACAGGUCUUCAUUUAAGGCAGCUUCUUGCAGAUCUUGUUUAAAAGAAUGGUUUCAUAGAUUUUUUUUUACACAAAUGUUCUGUGCUUUGCCUUUUUUUGCCCCCAUGCAGACCAAAGCAAGUAAUCCAGUCACCUCGUCUACAGCGAGUAGCAAUCCUCAGAAACAACCAGUACCUCAAGAACAAAAAGAACAGCAACAACGAUUUCUCCAACAAAACCAAGCUCAGCAAGAGCAACUUCAAAGACUUUUUCAAAAUGAGGACACUCGCCCAAAAAAGCAAAGAGCCUACUCCUCCCCCGCUACUUAUCUGUCAGAUAAAGUACCCCCCUCUCCCAUGGGUAGUAAGACGACAUCCAAGGGGGAGGAGCAAGAGAAUAGUGUUUUACCUGGAGGGGAGAGACAGUCAAGGAAAGGGCACAAUAAAGUGAAGAGCCUAACGCUGUCUGACGUUAAAAUGCCCGUGGGUCCAGGUGAGAGAUUAAAGAAUCUUUGGGUAACGCAAUUUAUGUCACACAAUUUUCAACUAUUGCGGUUGGUGACAACCGGCUGUGGAAUUGACUGGCACGUCAAAAAUGGCAGCUGAAAGUUGUGGAAGAAAUCAAAAGGAAUAAAUAAGCGAAGAAAGGGUUUCUUAAUCCUAUCAUAAUGCUAUUUAAAAUAAACGAGGUUUCAAAUCCUAGGAUAGUAAACUGAUUACCAUAUGCAAUCUACUGUUGAGAUGUGGGACUGAGAAGCGGCUCCGGUUUACGGUCAUCUCGCCACCAAGAAGUCUUACUCGCCACCACAUAAUAACUCUGCAACAAUUGACACUCUUUACUUACCUGGGAUUGUUUCUUCUUCCCCAAGCCCAAAUAUAAGUUUAUCGAUUUUAAUUGACACCUUGCGUCGAACUUCUCAUCUUUAGUUUUAUUUUUGGCCAACAAUUGCGACUUUUUAAUACCUUAAAACAGCUUAUUUGCAUCGCUCAAAAAGUGUGACUUGUUUAAAAUCCAACAGCCUUUCUUAUGAAAGUUGUUUAAUAUUGUCACUUGAACCUUACCUCCUUAAAUUUGAUUGUAAAUUUAAAGUGAAAGAAUUCUUUUUAGAGACUUGUCCUUUCACUAAGUAUGAAGAUACAUAUUUCUUGGUAGCGAAUUAGUUGGUGGGGAGAUGGUUUGGUGGCGAGGUGACCCGGAUAUCGCGGCUCGCGCGUUCUCUCGCGGCUUUCUUGUCUGAUUUCUCAGGCCACCUUGUGACCUCUUUUAAUUUACACAGCCCAGUUAUUAAAUCUUUUCUCGAAGAAAAUUGUUGUUUUAAAAUGAUAGUAACGCAGGAUUGUUUCCAGGUGGACUCAUCACUCAGACACAAGAUGACUCUGCGAUUGACAGCACAAAAUCGGGAGCUCAAAGGAAGGUACAAAUGUGUAAAAUGUUAAUUUUUUUCGCCGUUGUGUGAUCGAUUGACCCUCUUCCCCGUGAAGCGUGGUGUUGUCUUGGUUGGCUGGUUGGACAAAUCUGAUGAGGAAUGUUUCGCCUCCUCCUAGAAUUUAACGUCACCUGCUUUACAGUUAUGAGCCGCAAGAAGCAGUUAAAAAGCUUGGCUCCUGGCUCAUACGUAUUUGAUUACACACUAUCAUGAGCCAGCUUUCGAAUUACAAGGUUCAGGAAAGUUGGUUUGCAACGUGCUCUCAAUGAAGUUUUUCUUGUUUAUAGUUAUUUCAAAGCGAUCGACCAGAGGUCAAGAGUAUGGUUACACUACCCACACCAUCAACUGCGUCUGCGCAAUCAACAGUUGCUGCUCAAGUUAAGGUGAGCGUGUGCGGGCACCGUAGUGUGUAAGUGCGUCUUUGUUUGAACGCUAUUGGAAAAGAAUUUACUUAAGUUCGCCAAUCUUGGUAACUCGGGCCCGUAUCUGUCCCCUCCCUUCCCCCGCCCCCAUAAGAAAUAGACCACAACACCGGGGACUACGUCCCCUAAUCUUUACGAACAUUGUUUCUUUAACGUCCCACAGUAAAUGUUCAAGGGUUCUGAGGCGCGGCCUACGGUUUAUCGUCAUUAUCGAGAAGACUAGAAAGUCUAACCGUUCGCAGAUGUCUUUACAAAGGCAGCACUUUCCCCUCAGUUAUUAAAAAUACCCUUAGUGUUGGUCCAGCCGAGGUGUGAACCAGCGGCGUCCCGCUAGGCAGACCGGCGCUUCCGGGGAUUAGCUCCAGACUGUCUAGCUAAAAAAUUUAAAACGAGGUCUGAAAUUCACAGGAGAGACACACGCAACGAGAAUAAGAUUGACAUUCCAGGGUACAGAACUGCCGCAACUUGCCAAAGGACCUUUCAUUAUCGGACCGUUUCAUUGUGGAACGCUUUACUCGAAAGGCUCACUAAGUUAACAAACGUUGUGACUUUCAAGAAGGAACUUAUGCAUUAUUUUAUAUCGUCUCAUUAAGCAGUCUGUUUUUUAAAGACAGGGGUUGCUUACUACUGUCUUUGUCUCUUAGGGGCUAUGUUAAUCAUGUCUCGUUAAAAUCUUGAAAAUAUAUAGUUUUAUAGUUUCAUUUUUUAAUCUUUUGUUCUCUUACAUAGAUUUUUCUCCAUGAUAUUGAUGUAAUUACUUUGAAAAACCAGACUUGGAAAGUAAUAUUAUUAUUAUUAUUAUUAUUAUUGUUAUUAUUAUUAUUAUUAUUAAUAAUUAUUAAUUAUUAAAUUAAUAAUAAUAAUAAUAAUUUAUUGUUUAUUAUUAUUAUUAUUUUAUCCAAGUGAACUAACCGGGCGGCGGUUUUUCUCUGUGUUGCAGGAGUCCCCUCAAAAGCCUUCACAGGAUCAAGCCCUAGCCGCGGCCGCAGCCGCUGCCGCAGCGGGGUCUUCUCUUAUGUCUCCAUUAGCUUUCCAGUCUUCAGGGAAAGUAACGAUUAUGACACCUCCCUCACAGACGAAACAGCCCGCUCCAAAAAUGGAAAUUGCCCCUUUGACCCAAGAGCAGCUUGUUCAAGCAAUGACGUAUUUAUUGAAGGUAACUUUUGUUGCUUAAAGAGAGGCACAACGAGCAAGCGGCCUCAGAACCUUCGCAUUCUGGGUGGUCGCUUACGGGAGUUUUGACUUAAUUAAUAAGCAGUAUAUUGAUAUUAGAAGUAAUUAGCAAAAACCGCAUUUGCGCGAGCGCUUAAAACAGUUAAUUGCCAAAGUCUUAUGUACUGUAUACUUAAAAUAGUUUGUCGUUCAUUUCUUUUCAGAAUGAUCCAGAAUUUGUUACCAAAAUCCACGAGGCAUACUUUAAGAGUUUACAGGACAAACUGCCAACUUAGCAGCUCUCUAUUAAAACUGUUACAGAUGGUUGGCGAUGUGACUGUAAAACCCGUAACCAAGGGGAACCCAAGAGUCGCGCAAACGUUACAACGAGGAAAGGGGAGAAGCUUGUUUUCACUAUGGUGGUGAUGUUGAAAAAUUGUUGGAUAAAAAAAGUGUUUCGAAGAACGGUUUUGUUGAUGUUAAUAAUCCUAAUAGGACUAACUAGCUCAGUUCCCUGUCUCACUUCAACCACACGUAUUGUUCGACCCAAGGGAAGUUUUACUUGUUUGAUCAUAAUCACAAAAUAAUUUUUGAAGCUAGAAUGAUUAACCUCUACUCAGUCCUAUAACGAACUAAUCGUGUUUAUCAAAAAAAAUGUCCUUUUAUUGUCUGGGUAUAGUGCCUUCUGUACUGUUGCCUCAAGUUAUACCUUAACCAGGGAAGUAAAUAGCCAACCAGAUUCAAGAACCUUUUUAUACAUAUAUUUUAUUAACCCAGUAAUUCCCAUUUUCUUAGUUCACUUCUGUUGAUGUUUGCUAUGACUUUCAACACUGAUGUUUGUAUUAACACCUAACCUCUGUUAUGAAGAAAAGUUGCUUACAAAAAUGUCAAGCGAACGAAUAAGUUUUUCGCGAAAUAGUUUACAUUUGUGAACAUAUCGUUGUCGUUUUCUGCAUCAUCAUCAUUAUCAUCAUUAUCAUCAUCGUCAUCAAUAUUUGUGCAUGUAUAAUUUAAGUUUUUAAUCGCAUAGAGUUGUUAUCUUUACCCGCACCAAGGGCUGCGAUUGUUUCGCUUUUGCAUAAAUUUGCUUUAAAAAUAUUAGUCAGAAGAAAAAUUCCCACAAUGCUGCAGUCUGCUUGCUAGAACCCUUGACAGCUGAAUUGCUAGUUCUCAAAUUAACUUGUUGCCUUUGAGCAAUGGGACAUUUUAUAGUUGCGGGCCUGGUGUCCUAGCCUUUGAGUGAACGUGAGGCUGAGGUUGACCUUGUUUUUGAUACAAACCUCCUCCCUUUUCUAAUAGAAAUUUUGCUUGAAAAAUACUAGUUAGCAUAAGAACAACAUGAUUACAUUAUAAAAGAGGAGGCAUUGUUUCAAAACAAGGUCAACUCCAGCCGUGUUUCCAACUGUAACUGUAAAAUGGGCUAUUUAACUUUACUGUGGCAGGAGCCCAUGUAGUGAAACAAUGGUUACCAAAUGAUCUGCCUGAUUCUUGCUUGCUUCUUCGGCUAGUUAUAAUAAAACAAGGGAUAAAGCAAACCCUUGUAAGGCUGCCAAUCUCGGUCCCAGGGUUCUCUUUUGUCAUGCGCUAAGAAUCGCUUGCGCGUAGAACGGGACCUGGAAACGAGAUUGCGGCAAGGCUCAUAGGGAUAUUGCUGUUUAA